AUGUCCGGAGACGACCACUCACCACCGCACAACCUUUACUUCAUACACUUCGCCAUCUUCACUCAGAGCUCCAUAAUAUUGGUAAAGAACCCUGUGACCUUCGAAAGAGUUAUGGAAGCCGCCGGAUCUUCAAAGACAGCCUCCAGGAGCGGCUUUGCUCGGUUCGCUUGCGACUUUUGUCGAGUGAAAAAACUGAAGUGUUCGCGAGAGUUGCCGAAAUGCAGUGGUUGCAAGCCGUGGCCAAGUAGCUGCGUAUAUUCGCGAGAAGUGUCGUCAUUUAACGCGAACGGUAAAAGACUUCAUGUUGCCGAGGUCUCUAGUAAAUAUACAAAAGCCAGCAUUGAGAGUCGCCUCGAAGGCCUGGAGCGCACAGUCCAGUCUCUAACCAGCUCGGUUGAAGAAGCCUUGCGUGUCUUGUCCGCGGCAGCCCCACGAAGAGACUUAUCCAAAAUACCUAUUACAUCCAACCAGACGAUUGUGAAUGAGGCAGACGGAUCCGAUUCAGAGCUGUAUAUCGGCCCAUCGCAUUCGUUCUCUUUCCUUCAAGAGGCGCCCGCGGGCAUCGAGCGUCUAGCCCGACAAGGUGUCGAAGAUUCUCGACAGUGUGCCAUUUCAGAGAUUCACAACAUGUCAUCAAGUCUGACAUCAGCAAGAACUGGAAAUCCGACGAAAGCUUCAACAGGCUUUCAUAUACCAUCGAGAUCUGCAGGAUAUGCCCUCCUCGGCAAGUUUCUGGAGCAUUGCGAGCUUGGUGAGCCAUUUUUUCGUUUCCCGUCGGACGAAGUCCUCAGACAGAUUGUUUUCGAACCUGAAAAGGUUCGGGAAAAGGCGUGGAUUGUUUCCUUCAACUAUAUACUACUUGCUGCCAUAUCUACGCAGCAGGAUGAGCAUGAAGACAAACUCCGGCAAAAUUCCCAACUGGCACUGAAUGAUAGCCAGAUUUUCCUCGAACCAUCCUUGGCUAAUGUACAGACUCUGGCCUUGCUCGCUGUUCACGGUGAAGACUUUGCUUCGCCCAACAUAUCAUGGAUGCUGUUGAGUCAUGCCUGUCGCCAGGCCGAAGCUUUGGGCUUGCAUAUCAAGACCAGCAAGGGUAGAUUUGAUGAAUCGCAGCACAAGCUGUGUUUAUUUUGGAUGCUCUUCACGCUGGACAAAUCUUGCGCGCUGGCAUUUGGUCGGCCUGCCUUCCUACCAUUCUCCUUGUAUCGUUAUGUUCCGCUUCCCGACGAAGAGUUUAUGCGGAAAUUCAGUCCUCAUGACACGGAGGACCCUGGUAAUCAACAGCAGAAAUCCCAAAACUCCGGUUUCGGUGCCCUGAUGUUUAAAAAUACUGUUGAGCUGGCUAAGUUGAUGAGCGAUGUUUUGGAUGUUCUGGGCGUGAGCAACUCAGAGAAAUCCAAGGAUGAGACACGAUCAAAGUUGGAAGGUUGGUUCUCAAUCACAAAUAUGACAUUGACGCAAGCCAUGGAGAACGAGCGCAUAUCAGCAGAUGCAGAUCAAAUUCAUGAAAUGAAACUGGGAAUCAAUAGUGUCAAGUUUCAAUAUUUGCACAUUCUAACUCUAUUACUGAAAGGCGAUCGGACCUCAGAUCUUCGUCUAUCCUUUGCUCGCGAAGCAAUUUCCUUACUUCCCUCUUUGGUAUCGAACUGGGGAUCAGUAUAUAACGGAGUUGUCUGGCAACUUCUCUAUUAUCCUUUCGCCCCUUUCUUCGUUAUUUUCGAGAACUUAGUGCACCAGCAUAGCCACUAUCCGAAACAUGACGAGGAUCUGCGCUUAUUGGCUACGACGGUAAACUACUUUGCCGAGAUGAGGUCCCAAAUGCGACUUCUUGCUGGUUUAUGCCGCAAGCUCCAGCAUACUGCGGCUGUUUUUCUCCAGCUGGCUCAAUCUCAUACCCGCCAUGGCAACUCGACAAAGCCAGCCGGCAAUACAGCCCCCUUAUCCCAGCAGCAGAAAAGCUCAGCGCUUGGCGAGCAGGCCACACAGCCAUGGGAUGACCUGAUCGACGUUGAUUUGGGUGAUCAUGACUUCAUUACCUAUUUGAAUUGGUUGCCGGUUGACAUGAAUGCUACGUCCCGGAUACUUGAAACUGAGCUUCAAGGUCCAAAAUCCCAUCAUCCGGACCGCGGCCAGGAAAGUAGUCUACCACACCCUCAAAAGCCGAUGUCGGACCGUACCUUUGAUUGGUUCUUAUGGGAUGACUAUUAUGGCAGUACCAACGUGGGGUUCGAAUGA